ACACGCUGAUGGAUAUCUCUUUCGUUGGGUCGUAACCACGUCUCGUGGCACGAUCACAGUUUCUCAUGGGUUUCAAGCACAGGGGAGGAAAUUCCAGUUCCCAGCAGAGACGAAUGAAGCAAAUUCAUGUAAUUACAUGUUACACAUAACAAGCACCAGAGGAGAGCUCUCCUUCAGCUGGUCCUCAGAGGCCACGUUUCAGAGAAGUACCCCCUGCAAGCAUUUAUGAGGGACAAAGCAAACAAGGCUGUUGCAUGGGAUAACCUGCUCUGGACCAGGACUGACAGGUCCUCAACUCCAAACUGCUGCCGUGUGCCAGCUCAUGCUCGAGGGAGCAGCAGUCAGAAGCUGACCUGCCUGAGGACAAAGGCGGGACGAUGUCGGAGGCUCGACACGACAGCACCAGCAGUUUACAGCGGAAGAAGCCGCCAUGGUUAAAACUGGACAUCCCGGUGCCGGCGCCCAUGUCGGUGCCAGAAGAGCCCCAGCCUGUGCAGGCGCCGAGGCGUCAGACCUUCCUGCGCAGCGUCAGCAUGCCGGCCGACAACAGCCGCGUGCCCUCCCUGCCCCACGAGCCCAGGAGACCCGUGCUACAACGACAGACCUCAAUCACCCAGACCAUCAAGAGAGGCACAGCAGACUGGUUUGGGGUGAGCAAAGACAGCGACGCGACCCAGAAAUGGCAGAGGAAGAGCCUCCGCCACUGCAGCCUGCGCUAUGGGAAGCUCAAACCUCAGGUCAUCCGGGAAAUGGACUUGCCCAGUCAGGACAACAUUUCUCUAACGAGCACAGAGACGCCUCCUCCUCUCUACGUCGGCCCCUGCCAGCUGGGCAUGCAAAAGAUCAUCGACCCGCUGGCCCGCGGGCGUGCGUUCCGCAUGGCGGAUGACGGCGAGGGCUGCAGCGUCCCCCACACGCCCGUCACGCCCGGCGCCGCCUCGCUCUGCUCCUUCAGCAGCUCCCGCUCCGGCUUCAACCGCCUCCCGCGCCGCCGCAAGCGAGAGUCCGUCGCCAAGAUGAGCUUCCGAGCGGCCGCGGCUCUGGUGAAGGGCCGCUCGGUCAAGGACAGCACCCUGAGGAGAGCCCAGCGGCGCAGCUUCACCCCCGCCAGCUUCCUAGAGGAGGACACCGUGGAUUUCCCAGAUGAGCUCGACACUUCCUUCUUCGCUCGGGAAGGAGUCCUUCACGAGGAGCUCUCGACUUACCCAGAUGAAGUGUUUGAGUCGCCAUCAGAAGCUGCAAUCAAAGACGCUGAGGUGAAACCUCUGGAUCAGACGGAUCUCACAGGAGGUGCCUUGGACAAAAAUGAGCUUGAAAGAAGUCACUUGCUGCUCCCCCUGGAGCGAGGCUGGAGGAAGCAGAAGGACGGGGCCCUGGCGCAGCCCAAGGUGCGCUUGCGGCAGGAGGUGGUGAGCGUGAGCCCCCAGAAGCGCGGGCAGCGCAUCGCCGUGCCCGUCAGGAAGCUCUUUGCCAGGGAGAAGAGGCCCUACGGGCUGGGCAUGGUGGGGAAGCUGACGAACCGCACGUACCGCAAGCGCAUCGACAGCUACGUCAAGCGGCAGAUCGAGGACAUGGACGAUCACAGGCCUUUCUUCACUUACUGGGUCACCUUUGUGCAUUCCCUCAUCACCAUCCUCGCUGUGUGCAUCUACGGCAUCGCCCCUGUGGGGUUCUCACAACAUGAAACUGUUGAUUCAGUCUUGCGAAACAGAGGUGUCUAUGAAAAUGUCAAAUAUGUUCAGCAGGAAAACUUCUGGAUUGGUCCCAGCUCAGAAGCCCUGAUCCACUUGGGAGCCAAGUUCUCCCCCUGCAUGAGGCAGGACCAGCAGGUGCACAGCUUCAUCAGCGCCAAGCGGGAGAAGGAGAAGCACUCGGCGUGCUGCGUGCGCAACGACAAGUCAGGCUGCGUGCAGACCUCAGAGGAGGAGUGCUCGUCCACGCUGGCCGUGUGGGUGAAGUGGCCCCAUCACCCCAGCACACCAAUGCUGGCAGGAAGCAAGAGGCAGUUUGGGUCUGUCUGUCAUCAGGACCCCAGGGUGUGUGAGCAGCCAGCCUCCAUGGAGCCGCACGAGUGGCCAGAUGACAUCACCAAGUGGCCGAUCUGCACAAAAAACAGCGCUGGGAAUUACACCAACCACCUCCACAUGGACUGUGUGAUUACGGGCCGGCCCUGCUGCAUCGGGACCAAAGGAAGGUGUGAAAUAACCUCCAGGGAGUAUUGUGAAUUUAUGAGGGGCUAUUUCCACGAGGAGGCAACACUCUGCUCUCAGGUGCACUGCAUGGAUGAUGUCUGUGGGCUUCUCCCUUUCCUCAAUCCAGAAGUCCCUGACCAAUUCUACCGCCUCUGGCUCUCCCUGUUCCUCCAUGCUGGGAUCCUGCACUGUCUGGUUUCAGUCUGUUUCCAAAUGACGAUCCUGCGGGACCUGGAGAAGCUGGCGGGGUGGCACCGCAUCUCCAUCAUCUACCUGCUCAGUGGCAUCACUGGGAACCUUGCCAGUGCAAUAUUUCUACCCUACAGAGCAGAGGUUGGCCCCGCAGGGUCCCAGUUUGGCAUCCUGGCCUGUCUCUUUGUGGAGCUCUUCCAGAGCUGGCAAAUCCUGGCACGCCCAUGGAGGGCUUUCUUCAAGCUGCUGGCUGUGGUGCUCUUUCUUUUUGCCUUUGGCCUCCUGCCUUGGAUUGAUAACUUUGCUCACAUUUCAGGAUUUAUCAGUGGUUUCUUCCUCUCCUUUGCCUUCCUGCCCUACAUUAGCUUUGGGAAGUUUGAUUUAUAUAGGAAGCGAUGCCAAAUUAUAGUUUUCCAGCUGAUCUUCAUUGCACUCUUCUCAGGACUUGUCAUUCUCUUCUAUUUCUACCCCAUCAAGUGCGAGUGGUGCGAGUUCCUCACCUGUAUACCCUUCACAGACAAGUUCUGUGAGAAGUACGACCUGGAUGCACAGCUCCACUGAGAGGCAAGGACUCACUUCCCCAGCAGGCACUGGAGAGGGAUUGUCUUUUGCAUUUUGCUGUGCCAAUUCCACGUGGACAAAGCCUCUAAUCCAAUGACACUUCUAACCCUGCCCGUGGUUAAUUUAAACACACUCCCUUAAGCACUUGGCAGGCACAGGGAGGGGGGUUUUUUUUUGGCCUUAUCUCAGAAGACUCUGACAACAGAACUGUUUGUGCCUUGUUCAAUUGUAUUGAACCUUUUCUGCUGCCAUUGUUUUUAUUACACUAAGUUUCACUACUACAUUUUUAACCAGAGUUGUUUACUGCUGCUGAGGUGGUGAUUAAACGGUCAGGUAGCGUUUUAGCUACUGAGAAUUGUU